AUGGCGCUAUAUGGGACUUCUGAUGCCUUGAUGUGCAGGGCGUUUCCAACAGCUUUGAGAGGGCCGACCCGCACAUGGUACAGCGGCCUGAAGACCGGAACCAUCACUUCCUUCGAUCAGCUCGCUAGAGACUUUGAGCUCAACUUCUUGGCCUACGCCCGAUCGAAGCCGUCCGUGGCAUUACUCCUCGGACUCAACCAAAGGGAGGACGAGCCCCUCUCCCAUUUUGUGAACCGUUUUACGACGCAGAUCCGAGGGCUCUCAGACGCUCACCCCUCUCUAUUGAUGCAGGCAUUCAUGAUAGGCCUAUGA